ACUGGUUGAGAUAGCAGAAUCCCGUUUUCCCAGAUACUUUAACACUGAAGAAAAAUUACUUUUGACAAGUAGUAAAGUUCAUCUUUAUCGGGAACUCACCUGUGAUGAAGUACUGCAAAGGAUUGAAUCUUUGGAAGAAGAAAUUAUUUCAAAAGGAGUUAAACUUGUGAUUAUUGACUCUGUUGCUUCUGUGGUCAGAAAGGAGUUUGAUACACAACUUCAAGGCAAUCUCAAAGAAAGAAACAAAUUCUUGGCAAGAGAAGCAUCCUCACUGAAGUACUUGGCUGAGGAGUUUUCAAUCCCAGUAAGUUUUUCUUUUUUUCUUUCCUUUCUUUUCUUUAUUUUAUAUUAGGUUCACUGACUUACCAAAUAAUAAAAUUAGAGGAAAACAUAAAACAGAUGACAUUUUAA